AUGGCUUCCAACAGAGUUAUCAAGGCCAAGGCUAACAAGAAUGCUAUUGCUAAGCCUAUCUCGAGGCCUGCCAAGCUCGCCUCAGAACCUAGUCGUGAGAUACUAGAAGACAGGCUUGAGUUCGUACUUACAUGUAUCAAAGCGACAGGAAUGAAGAUCGACAUGGGCGCUGUUAGCCGACACUAUGGCAUCUCUACUAAUGCAGCUACACUGCGCCUGCUACGUACUAAGGAGUAUGUCGCUAAACUUGUGAGAGCUAGAGAGGCGGCCCAGAAGGACGACAAGGCUCAGAAGGGUGAUAAGAAGCCCGAGAACCUAGAGGAUUAG